GUACAAUAAAUGUUAUAAAUUAAUUUUAGGAAACACUAACUGGAUUUAAGUGGAUGGCAAAUAAAGCAUGUGAAUUAAUGGCAAAUGGAAAAACAGUGUUGUUUGCAUUUGAAGAAGCUAUUGGAUUCAUGUGUGGUACCACAGUCUUAGACAAAGAUGGUGUAGGAGCAGCAAUGGCUAUUGCCCAACUUUGUGCACAUUUGAAUGCCAGAGGUCUAACAUUAACUAAUGAACUUGAAAAUAUUUAUAAACAAUAUGGUUACCAUGUUAGCAACAAUUCCUAUUAUAUUUGCCAUGAUCAACUUGUGAUAAAUGCAAUGUUUGAUCGAUUGAGAAACUUCAAUGGCCCUGACUCGUAUCCAACAAAUCUACAGCAGUAUAAAAUUCAGGGGAUAAGAGAUUUAACCACAGGUUAUGAUAAUACUCAACCAGAUAACAAGGCAGUAAGUUUUACUUUAAUUAAAAUUCAAUACUUUUUACAUAAUGAUUAUGGAAAGUGCAUAAGAAGCUUCUAAGGCUUCACAAAUUAUCAGAAAUUAUUACACCAAAAAUAUCACACAAUUUGAAAAUUUCAAUUGAGCAUGUCAAGAAAACUCUCAAAUCAUGACUUUAAUACUUUUCCAACUGAUAGAUGAUAUAUGUGUGUGAGAAAUGUGAUGCUAAUCUUCAAUAGUCUCAAAUAGGAAAAACUGACAAUGAGUAGCAUUCAGUAGUAGUGAGGUUAGCUUCAUUUGUAAAUGAAGUUAAAAUGUUUGUAAAGCUGGCAUAUGUAGCAAUGUUAAAACAAGUGUAACGUUUCC